GAAGCGUCUCCGUGUACUCGUGGCUCCUCAGUCGUUCGUCGAGCGUGGUCAUUCACGCUCCGCCAUAUUCGUAUCCCGGUUACGUCGUUCCAACGCCCGUGAAUCGAGAACCUUCGAACGCGAACCAACGUGCGCAAACGAUCGACGCGGCUACGACUCUGGCGUGCAGCAACGUUUCGUUCGGCGGGUCCCGGCCACUGGCUACCAUGAUGUCGAAUCCGGACCUGAUCGGCUACACGCACGACUUCCUCACGGAGUUCAUACAGAUGUACCGAAGCUAUCCCUGCUUGUGGCAGGUCAGGUACAGAGGAUACAAGGACAGGCUGCUGAGAAACCGCGCGUACGACGCCCUGGUACAAAAAUUGCGGGAGGUCAAUCCGUUGGCCGACAGAGAGACCGUGAUACGAAAGAUCAACACCCUCAGAACGGCGUUUCGAAGGGAGUACAAGAAGGUCCGGAGCUCCCAGAGGAUGGUUAAGAAUCCUCGGCAACGGUACAGGUCUUCGUUAUGGUACUAUGAUAUUCUAAAGUUCGUGGCCGAGCAAAACGAGGGAACUGGCCUGGACGAUGAUGACAAUUUUAAGAAUACCGCGUUACCCACGGAUAACUAUCACGAGGAAAUGUUCGUACAAGCCAACGUAGACAAGAUCGAACCGCCGUCGCCGGUACCGACACCCGAGAUCGCGCCGGACCAGUCGUUCAACCCCGUGAUCCUGGAAACCGAAGGAUCGUACGCGAGGCGAAUCUCGUCGUCGACGUCCGCCGCCGACAAUCUGAAAAGAAGACAUCAACAGGAGGGCUUUCAGGAACGACAAACGAAGGAGUCGGUUCGCGACGUUCCUUCCAGACAAUUUGCCACCUGCGUGCCCGACGACGAGUACGAGACGUUCGGCCGUUACGUGGCCAAUAAACUGAGGAAGUCGAUGCCCCGGCAGAGCAUCAUCGCCGAGAAAGUGAUCUCCGAUGUUCUCCUGAGAGCCAACCUCGGCACCUUGGACGAAACUACCUCUCUCACGGAGAAAGUACCGUCCCGUUGUUUCUUGGUAAUGGGAGAUCGUUGAAUCAUUCCCUUCGACCGAUCGUUUCGAAGAAAUCGAUCCCCACGGACCACUUAACUCCGUUCCUUUCUUUUUUUACUUUUCGUAAAACUACGCUGUACGUAUGUAUAUAUAGUUUUACCGUAACGUUGUUGCCCUGGGUCAGGGGCGUACAACUCGAACCGUCGCGAUGGACAGUGUUUCGUUCGAAUAAUAAAAGUUGAAUUUUUAUUCGUUCGU